UCAGUUGGUCAGUUAGAGACAGUCUGUUGGGUGGAGCCCUGUCUGUGUGUCCGUCACUCAGCGUCUGCUGUCCCAGCCCGUGUCGCGGCGCUCUAUUGAGCAGGCCCAUUAUCUGAUGCUUCCCUGCGCUUCGCCAGCUGCAUCAGAAGCAGCACUGUGCCAGGCGCUCAGCACGAGCGCAUGGAUGACACCAGCGAGAAGAGGGGCAAGACAGCCAAGCUUGGCAUGAUCAAAACACCAGAACCACCUGCUGCAGCAUGUAAGAGGGACCAGAAAACCAAAAGCCAGAGCAUGUAUUGGAUGGCAAGAAAAAACUUUGGUUUGACAGAUGAAAAAGUGAAGGCUUAUCUUUCUCUUCACCCCCAGGUACUGGAUGAAUUUGUGUCAGAGAGUGUAAGUGCUGAGACAGUGGAAAAAUGGCUGAAGAGAAAAAACAACAGACAGGAAGAUGAGUCGACUCCUAAGGAAGUCAGCAGGUAUCAGGAUACAAAUAUGCAAGGAGUGGUAUAUGAAUUGAACAGCUACAUAGAACAACGGUUGGAUACAGGCGGAGACAACCAGCUUCUCUUAUAUGAACUGAGCAGCAUCAUUAAAAUAGCUACAAAAGCUGAUGGAUUUGCACUAUAUUUCCUGGGAGAUUGCAAUAAUGACUUUUCCAUAAAGGUAUGUUGGAGUUGUGUGGUGAUGCUAUGUACCUGCAGCAGUUUCCUGCUGAGAAAAGAGAGCCUCUGUGUGUUCACACCUCCGGGAGCUAAGGAAGGACAACCACAGCUCAUUCCUGCAGGGCCCAUUGCACUUGGCACCACAAUAUCUGCAUAUGUAGCCAAAUAUAGAAAAACUUUGUUAGUAGAAGAUAUUCUGGGGGAUGAACGAUUUCCCAAAGGUACUGGACUGGAAUCAGGGACUCGUAUCCAAUCUGUUCUUUGUUUGCCGAUUGUCACUGCAAUUGGUGAUUUGAUUGGUAUCCUGGAGCUUUAUCGGCAUUGGGGCAAAGAAGCCUUCCAUCUCAGUCACCAGGAGGUUGCAACAGCAAAUCUUGCAUGGGCCUCGGUAGCAAUACAUCAAGUACAGGUGUGCAGGGGUCUUGCCAAACAGACUGAACUGAAUGACUUCCUGCUUGACGUAUCAAAAACCUAUUUUGAUAAUAUAGUCGCAAUAGAUUCUCUACUUGAACAUAUAAUGAUAUAUGCAAAAAACCUGGUGAAUGCAGACCGCUGUGCACUCUUCCAGGUUGACCACAAGAACAAGGAACUGUAUUCAGACCUUUUCGAUAUUGGAGAGGAGAAGGAGGGGAAACCUGUCUUCAAGAAGACCAAAGAAAUAAGAUUUUCUAUUGAGAAAGGAAUAGCGGGUCAGGUAGCAAGAACAGGUGAAGUCCUUAACAUUCCUGAUGCCUAUGCAGAUCCACGCUUUAACAGAGAAGUUGACCUCUACACAGGCUACACAACCAGGAACAUUCUGUGCAUGCCUAUAGUGAGCCGAGGGAGCGUAAUAGGCGUUGUGCAGAUGGUGAACAAAAUAAGUGGAAGUGCCUUCUCUAAAACCGAUGAGAACAACUUUAAAAUGUUUGCAGUCUUUUGUGCUUUAGCCUUACACUGUGCUAAUAUGUACCACAGAAUUCGCCAUUCGGAGUGUAUUUAUCGUGUAACGAUGGAGAAGCUGUCCUAUCACAGUGUUUGUACAGCAGAAGAAUGGCAAAAUCUCAUGAACUGCACACUCCCUACCCACAUCUGCAAAGAAAUUGAACUAUACCACUUUGAUAUCGGUCCCUAUGAGGAUGUCUGGCCAGCCAUUUUUGUCUACAUGGUCCACCAGUCCUGUGGUGCAACCUGCUUUGAACUUGAAAAGCUAUGUCGUUUUACUAUGUCUGUAAAGAAGAACUAUCGCCGUGUGCCCUAUCACAACUGGAAGCAUGCAAUUACAGUUGCACAUUGCAUGUAUGCCAUACUUCAGAACAACCAAGGGCUUUUCACAGACCUGGAGCGAAAAGGUCUCCUAGUUGCAUGCUUGUGUCAUGACCUGGAUCACAGGGGUUACAGCAACAGCUACCUUCAGAAAUUUGAUCACCCUCUGGCAGCUCUUUAUUCCACCUCAACUAUGGAGCAACACCACUUCUCCCAGACAGUGGCCAUUCUGCAGCUGGAAGGGCACAAUAUCUUCUCCAAACUGAGCUCCAACGAGUAUGAGCAGGUCCUGGAGAUCAUCCGCAAAGCCAUCAUUGCCACAGACCUUGCCCUGUACUUUGGAAACAGAAAACAGCUGGAAGAACUGCAUCAGACAGGAGCCUUAAACCUUAAAAACCAAGCACAUAGGGAUCGUAUGAUUGGUCUGAUGAUGACAGCUUGUGAUCUAUGUUCUGUAACAAAGUUGUGGCCAGUUACCAGAUUGACAGCUAAUGAUAUAUAUGCAGAGUUUUGGGCUGAGGGUGAUGAAAUGAAGAAGAUAGGUAUUCAACCUAUACCUAUGAUGGACAGAGACAAGAAGGAUGAGGUCCCUCAAGGCCAAAUUGGAUUCUACAAUGCUGUAGCCAUCCCAUGUUACACUACACUCACACAGAUCUUCCCUCCUGCUGGGCCACUACUCCGGGCAUGCAGGGAAAAUCUCAAACAAUGGGAAAAAUUGACACAAGGAGAGGAAACUUCAUUAUGGAUUCCAUCCCAACCACAUGAUCCCCAGACCUCGGAUUCACUUCCUGUGAAGAUUGAUGACUAAACAGCCGUGACAAAUUGGUUUAACUCUAAGGCAUCUCUCCUUUUGUUUUUGUUUUUUUGGUUUGGUUUGGGUUUUUUCUUUUUUGGAAAGGAAAAAAAAAAAGCUACAAAUGCUAAGAAGCAGAUCUGCCUGUGGAGGUAAUACCUACAGAGUUACCUCAGCUAGGCGACUGUCUGCCAGUCUCCUGUCUAACAUCAGUGACACAACAUAAACCAGAGAGAGACUGACAACUCGGUUGCUUCAGAAUCGGCUAUCAAAGCAAACUUAUGGCAUGUGAAUAUAAAAGACUGGCCUUUUCUCAUGGGCUACAUUGCUGAGGCCUUAAUUCAAAACUGAAGGGAAAAAUAUUAGGGGGUACUUUUAAAAUUGUAUCUUUCUAGUAAGGGUUUCAAUGGUACUUUUAUUAUAUUGUACUGUGGCUGGAUUUAACACCAGUGUCACUUGGGAGUUCUUGGCUAUAAAUAGAACAUUUUACACAUUGCUAUUGUGAAUGUUUAUGUGUGAUCUACUUGUAAUCAGUUUGAAAUUUAGCAGAAAACCUCUGGGGCUGUAACUUUUCCUGAAGUUACAGUACUUGAAUUAUCUUGCUGCAGACGGAAGGAAAAUCAGCUUUUAGGUUCAAGGCUCCAAAAACUCUAUUAGGCAUCACAGAGCAACUGUUUUAUUUCUCAAGUUAAAUGUUGAAAGCACUGGCUGUGGUGUUUGGUUCUUUGUAAUUAUGUGAAAUGCUAGAGAGCUCAUCCAUUCAUACACUGGAAGUACUGGAUAUUUUUCUCCAGUGAGGAAAGAUGCAGGCAUAAUUUCAGGCUGGACCUUUUUAUCAACAUUGACUAAAAUGACAGGCUAAAGUUUGAAUGUAAUAGCAGAGAUCUGGCUGCCUAGCUAGCUGUAUGACAAGUGGUCAUGCUAAUAUUUUUCGUGGCGAGUCAUAUUUUAGAAAAUAUUAGACAUGUUUAACGUACAAUACUUUCUGCUGGAAAUAGGAGCCUUGUCAGCAAAGUCAGGUAUACAAGGCAUAACUGCGGUACCUUCACAAUAAGAGGAAAGUAUUUUCCUUUGACUAGUUUUUAUGUUGGUCACCAGUACUGUAUGUUUUCUACUACCAAAAAAAAAAAAAAA